UACUACUACUACUAUCAGAGUCGAGCUGUCAAGGACAUCAAUCAGUUUGGUUAUUUUAUGAACUGUCAUGCUUACUCGAAGCAGCUUUUAAAAUUUUAAAGAUGUCGCUGGAAGCAAUUCGCUGGAAAGACAAUAAGCUUGAGAUUCUGGAUCAACUUUUAUUACCAGCAAACACGGAAUAUGUACAAGUCACAAAUGUCGAAGAUGGAUGGCAAGUCAUCAGUAAGAUGCAGGUAAGAGGAGCUCCUGCCAUAGCAAUUGUGGGAUGUUUGAGCUUAGCAGCAGAGUUGGUAAAUUCAUCAUAUUCAACAUGCUCUGAUCUUAUGAAGGCAGUAACUGAGAAACUCCAGUAUUUGGUUACAGCUCGACCUACUGCUGUCAACAUGCGAAAGGCAACUGAUGAUAUGAUAACUUUCAUGUCUCAGCUCCAUGGAAAGGGAAUAUUGACUGAAGAGCUCAAAUCAAGCAUCAUCUCAAGGUGUGAAAACAUGUUAGCCAUUGAUGUGGAUACUAAUAAGAAGAUAGGAGAUUUUGGGGCACAGUCCAUAUUAGCAAAUUCAAAUGCAAAACAAGUGAAUGUGAUAACACACUGUAACACAGGGUCUCUAGCAACAGCUGGAUAUGGAACAGCUCUGGGUGUUAUACGCUCCCUUCAUGCUCAAGGAAAAUUAGGUCACGCAUAUUGUACUGAGACUCGACCAUACAACCAAGGAGCCAGGCUCACUGCUUUUGAAUUAGUUUAUGAGUCCAUGCCAUCAACCCUCAUCUGUGAUAACAUGGCAGCAUCACUCAUGAAAUCUAAAGAAAUUCAUGCUGUUUUAGUGGGAGCUGACAGAGUAACACGCAAUGGUGACACUGCUAAUAAAAUUGGUACAUAUCAGUUAGCAGUAGUGGCAAAAUACCAUGGCGUACCAUUUUAUGUGUGUGCUCCCAUAACAUCCAUUGAUACAAGCCUACCCAGUGGUGAAAGCAUUCCAAUAGAAGAAAGACCACACAAGGAAAUGACACAUGUUGCUGGUGUGAGGAUUGCCGCUCCUGGCAUCUCUUGUUGGAAUCCAGCAUUUGAUGUUACUCCAGCUGAAUUAAUUACAGGCGGAAUUGUGACAGAGUUAGGAGUAUUCAAGCCAUCUGAAAUGUACGAGAAGAUUAAAGGAGAAGCCUCAUAGGUAUUUUAUACCUAUCAGUUUUGAGAGUUCAUUGAAAAUUAUAUAACAUAGUCACCACUAUCUUGUUACAUUUAUAUAGUUCUGGGUUUUA